AUGGAAGAUCACACACAAUUAACUAAUGUUCCUCUUCAAAACCUCUCACAACUAAGCACCAAAAUGGAUUCUCUUCAACGCUUCAUAUCCCAAUCCAUCAAAGCCAAAACUCUCCUCCCUAAACAACACUUAGACACACUCUCCAACCAAAUCUCAUCGACCAUUUGCGACGUCAUAAUCAAUGCAACUGCUCUUCUCGCCACGUGUCCCGUAACACUACCGGUAGAUUGUUACGCGACACCUGACAAGAAUCAUGACCAUGACGUAGCAAAUUAUGAACAUUCCAACAUCGUGGAACUCGACGCUGUGGAGUUACUCGCGAAGCAUUAUCACUUCUGCGAGAUAUGCGGGAAAGGAUUCACGCGCGACGCGAAUCUGCGUAUGCACAUGCGUGCUCACGGGGAACAGUUCAAGACUGCAGAAGCGUUGCGUUGCGUGAGGGAAACGCGCUUAACCGCGACAACAGCGACGAGAUUUUCUUGUCCUUUCGAAGGAUGUAAAAGGAACAAGCUACACAAGAGGUUCACGCCGUUGAAGUCGGUGUUCUGUUUGAGGAACCAUUUUAAGAGAAGUCAUUGUCCGAAAACUCACACGUGUGAUCGGUGUCGGAGGAAGAGCUUUGCGGUGGUUUCGGAUUUGAAGAGUCAUGUGAAGCAGUGUAAGGGAGAGUCGACUUGGAAGUGUUCGUGCGGAACUACGUUUUCUAGGAAGGAGAAACUGUUUGGACACGUGGCACGGUUUGAGGGGCAUUCACCGGUGUUUGAUGAGGCGGCGGGAGAAGAAGGGAGUGGACAAUCCGUGGCGGCGGAAGGGGAAGGUGUGAACGUGAGUGCAAUUUUGACUAAGGAAAAUGAUGGGUUACCUGAAGGUUUCUUUGAUGAUUUGGAUAAGUUUUGGGUUUGA